CGCCGCUUUCCUUCUGGCCGCCUCAUGGCUUUCAACUUCGGGGCAGCGGCCGGCGCUGCAGCCGCCUCCAACCCUGCGGGAUUUGGUGGGCUUGAAACAGCAAACUCCACUCCCAGUGGGUUUAAUUUUGGGGGUUUCGGCUUAACUCCUAACCCUGCGGUGAAUUUUAAUAUUGGGAAUUUUGGUGUGUCUGCUACCUCGGCGCCACCGUUCAAUUUUGGUAACAGUUUGCCCAGUGCAGGAGCCUUUGGAGGGUUUGGGACGACCACCACCACAGCCGGCCCCACUUUUAGCUUCUCCAACCCUGCCAACACAAGCACCGCCGGACUCUUUGGUGCCACUCAGAACAAAGGUUUUGGAUUCGGUGCUGGAUUCGGGACAGCGGCAGGCACCGGGACUGGCCUCGGGACCGGGCUGGGAACGGGGCUGGGCUUUGGAGGCUUCAGCACCCAGCAGCAGCCAACCCUCAGCAGCCUCUUCAGCCAGCCUGCCCAAGCCCCUGCCCAGUCCAACCAGCUGAUCAACACCGCCAGCGCCCUCUCUGCGCCCACCCUCUUAGGAGACGAGCGGGAUGCCAUUUUGGCCAAGUGGAACCAGCUGCAGGCCUUUUGGGGCACGGGCAAAGGAUACUUCAGCAGCAGCAGCGCCCCGGUGGAGUUCACGCAGGAAAACCCGUUCUGCAGAUUUAAGGCUGUGGGCUACAGCUGCAUGCCCAACAACAAGGAUGAAGAUGGCUUUGUCGCCCUCAUCUUCAACAAAAAGGAAGCCGAGAUCCGAAGCCAGCAGCAGCAGCUCGUGGAGUCUUUGCACAAAAUCUUGGGCUCCAACCAGACUCUUACUGUCAACGUUGAAGGUGUAAAGACAAUGCCCGACGACCAGACGGAGGUGGUCAUCUACGUGGUUGAGCGGUCGCUGAACGGGACCUCGAGGCGAGUGCCAGCCACAACCCUGUAUGCUCACUUUGAACAGGCAAAUAUCAAGACCCAGUUCCAGCAGCUCAGUGUUACCCUCACCAUGGCCAGGACCGAACUCUCCCCAGCCCAGAUCAAGCAGCUGCUGCAGAAUCCUCCUGCAGGUGUCGAUCCUAUCAUUUGGGAACAGGCCAAAGUGGACAAUCCAGACCCUGAAAAGCUGAUUCCAGUGCCGAUGGUCGGUUUCAAAGAACUCUUGAGAAGGCUGAAGGUCCAAGACCAGAUGACAAAACAACACCAGACCAGAUUAGAUAUAAUAUCGGAAGACAUUAGUGAGCUGCAGAAAAACCAGAUGACGACAAUGGCCAAAAUAGCCCAGUACAAGAGGAAACUGAUGGACCUUUCGCACAGAACGUUGCAGGUCUUAAUCAAGCAAGAGAUCCAGAGGAAAAGCGGCUACGCCAUCCAAGCAGAUGAGGAACAGCUCCGCGUGCAGUUGGAUACAAUUCAGUGUGAACUCAACGCACCCACGCAGUUCAAGGGUCGACUGAACGAGCUGAUGUCCCAGAUCCGGAUGCAAAACCACUUUGGGGCGGUGAGAUCCGAGGAGAGGUACUACAUUGAUGCGGACCUCCUGCGGGAAAUCAAGCAACAUUUGAAGCAGCAACAGGAAGGCCUGAGUCACCUGAUCAGCAUCAUAAAAGAUGACCUGGAAGAUAUAAAGCUGAUAGAGCACGGAUUAAAUGAGAGCAUCCCUCUCCGAGGAGGGGUCUUCAGUUGAUGGACCGUUUCCU